GUUUCCCUUUGCUUCCGCGGCGAGGCCGGAAGUAGAAGCGGCGGUGGCUUAGGCCCAAAGCGGAGGGAAGUGGGGAGUCGGAGAGACUCAGCCGGAGUCUCAGCGGCGGAGACCCCUGUGCGGUCCGGAGGGGGCGGCGGCCCCGACUCUGACCCGCGCCGGGGGGUGGGCCAUGGCGGAAAUCAGCGACUUGGACCGGCAGAUCGAGCAGCUGCGGCGCUGCGAGCUUAUCAAAGAGAGCGAAGUCAAGGCCCUGUGCGCUAAGGCCAGAGAGAUCUUGGUAGAAGAGAGCAACGUGCAGAGGGUGGACUCGCCAGUCACGGUAUGCGGUGACAUCCAUGGACAAUUCUAUGACCUCAAGGAGUUGUUCAGAGUAGGUGGCGAUGUCCCUGAGACCAACUACCUCUUCAUGGGAGACUUUGUGGACCGUGGUUUCUACAGUGUUGAAACCUUCCUCCUCCUGCUGGCUCUUAAGGUUCGAUAUCCUGACCGAAUCACUUUGAUCCGGGGCAAUCAUGAGAGUCGCCAGAUUACCCAGGUCUAUGGGUUCUAUGAUGAGUGCUUACGGAAAUAUGGCUCGGUGACUGUAUGGCGCUACUGUACUGAGAUCUUUGACUACCUCAGCCUGUCUGCCAUCAUUGAUGGCAAGAUCUUCUGUGUGCAUGGAGGUCUUUCCCCUUCCAUCCAGACCUUGGAUCAGAUCCGGACAAUUGACCGAAAGCAAGAGGUACCCCAUGAUGGACCCAUGUGUGACCUCCUGUGGUCUGACCCUGAAGACACAACAGGCUGGGGAGUGAGCCCCCGAGGGGCAGGCUACCUGUUUGGCAGCGACGUGGUCGCCCAGUUCAAUGCAGCCAACGACAUUGACAUGAUCUGCCGUGCCCACCAGUUAGUGAUGGAAGGUUACAAGUGGCACUUCAACGAGACCGUGCUUACUGUGUGGUCAGCACCUAAUUACUGCUACCGCUGUGGCAAUGUGGCAGCCAUCUUAGAACUGGAUGAGCACCUCCAAAAAGAUUUCAUCAUCUUCGAGGCUGCACCCCAAGAGACACGUGGCAUCCCCUCCAAAAAGCCAGUGGCCGACUAUUUCCUGUGACUCCGUGGCCCCAGCCCCUCUGGCCCUUGGACCACUGUGACUGCCCUCUGCCCAGUUGGAGGCCGGGUGUGAGGGGCUGCCUGGCUUGGCUCGCCCAGGGUGCGGACUUGCUCUGGAGAGGUUGGAGCCUUCGCUCCUGCUUCCUCUCCUUUCUCCCACUUGAUCCAUGAAGUUUCCAGUCAUUUUUGUUUUUCCUUUUUCCUUUUUUCUUUUUUCUCUCUUUCUUUUUUCUUUUUUCAUUUUUUGUUUUGUUUUUUUGUUUUUAGAUAAAACAUUUUGAGAAAAAAAGAAAAAAAUUCUAAUAAAAGAAGAAAAAUA